UGUAGAUGGUGUGAACAAAAAUAAAAAAUAAAAAAGGAAAAACAAAAGAAAAGAAAAGAAAAAAAGAAAGAAAGAAGACCAUAGUAAAUUGCGCAAUUAGCGACGCUAAAUGCUAAAACGCGCCGACCAUACUCCAUGUUUGGAGCUUUAUUUUCCACUUUGCUUUUUUCAUUUUUAAUAUAAAAAUAUUCCUAGAAGACAUUCAUUCGUUCACUCAACUGGGUUUACUUGUUCUUCAAAUCUUUUGGUCUAGAAUUGAACAAGUCAGAAAAUGGGUUUGUCUACAAGGGUAGUUCAGUAGUUGUAGAGUAGUGAGCAGUGUGAAAACAAAUGGAGAAUGAGAGUUCCAAAGAAGAAAUGGUGACAGGGUCAAAUGGGUUGUUCGUGAAGGUUAUGACUGAUGAACAAAUGGAGCUUUUAAGGAGGCAGAUCUCUGUCUACGCCACCAUCUGUGAAAAGCUUGCUGAGAUGCAUAAGGCCAUCUCUACCCACCAUGAUUUUUCUGGCAUGAAAUUGGGAGCUUUUCACUGUGAUCCUCUUAUGGCUUAUGCUGGGCAUAAGAUCACAUCAAGGCAGAGGUGGUCUCCAACCCCUUUACAGCUUCAAAUACUUGAGCGGAUUUUCGAUGAAGGUAAUGGUACUCCAACCAAACAGAAGAUCAAAGAGAUUACUUCAGAACUCACCCAACAUGGCCAAAUUUCUGAAACCAAUGUCUACAAUUGGUUUCAGAACAGGAGAGCUCGUUCCAAAAGAAAACAAUCUGUUUCAGCACCACCCAACAAUAUGGAGCCAGAAGCAGAGACUGAAACUGAGUUUGUUAAGGACAAUACAAAGCCAGAAGACAAUGAAUUCUAUGACAACUCAGUCCCAAUGGACAGUACUACUAAUGAUGUAUACUUUCCUAGUCCUGAGGAAUUGAUCAGCUGGUCCACAAAUGGGGGUGUGCUUGAGUUACAGCCAUUUCCAUCAUGGGGUGGUGGAUUCAAUGUGGAUGACCUUUAACUGCAACUUAUUAUAUACUGUAUGUUAUGUUAUGUUGUGUUGUUAUUACUUAUGUCAAGAUUAGGAAAAUUUGAUCAACUAAAUUAUAUUCCCACAUCUAGUUUUAGCAAACACCUUUAUAUAUUCAUAAUUUUCUUGUUGAUGAUAUGUAUCUAUAUGUGUAGAAACCAGGCAGCAAAUUGAUUAUGCAAAUACUAAUACAACAAAGAAACAAACUCUCUUGAUUGUUU